AUGGCGGAAGAUGGAAGUGGAAGCGAAGGAGGCGGCUCCGAACGAGAGAAGAGGCUUAAGGUUAAGAAGAAGAAAAGUCAUAAGAGGAAAAGAAAAGACCUUGAGGAUGUGCCCAACUCUGAGUUUGUUUUACCUUUUUUCAAGACCUUAGCGGAGUGGAAGGAGUGUGAGUCAACCGAGGCCUUCAAAAGAUGGCCACAACGUCCUCACUUCAACGCUCCAGGGUUUCUCCAGAUACCUUUAGUUGUGCGUGAAAGGUUUGCGUUAGCACUUUUCCAGUCUUUUCUCGACGUAGUAGAGGAGUUAGAGAAUCAGGGCAAGGACAUUCCCAGGAGCCGACUAGAUAAACAGAAAGAAGGAUUGGUCGCGCUAGAGAUGUCGUACGGGUUCGAUUCUAGAGGACCUUUAUCAAAGAUUGAGGAGAUCUUAUCUGUCAAAGACAAGGAAGCAGAUUUAUUGGAGGAACAACACGGAGAUAAGUCUAGCGAAGAACCAGAGACUGUGAACACAACAACACUCGUGAGGCGGGGCAAGAAGCAGAGCAAGAAACAGGGCAAGAAGCAGCUAUGA